UUCGCCGUCGAGUCACCUACUUGCAGUGCACACCGAAGUCACGUGUACGUACACCGCUCAUCACAACAACAACAACAACAAUAAACAUCGCCGGGGAUCCCGCGCAACCGGUUCCGGUAUCUUUCGCCGUCCCGUAACGAUGAACGGUCGUCGGUUGGCGUUGGUGUGCGCGGUAUUACUGGCCUCAUUCGACCGCCGGUCCGAAGCUUUUUGCGGUCUGCGAACCGACGACGGCGGUGGCGGUGGCGAUUUUGUCAAGUGCCUCAAAGCCAAGGCGAUCGCGACCUUGGACCGCGUUGCCCUCGCCGACACCGUACCGCUCGCCGGCUCCGUAGCCCUGGUCAAGGAUGUAACGGACCCUCAGGCGCACCGACGGCAACGGUCAGACGACGACGACAAAGGGCCGACCACCGAACAGGAGCUACGGUCCGAACCGGACGCGACCCUCGACCGCAUGCUGUACGACAGGGCCGUUCGGUUUUUCAGCGGUCGUGCCCUUCGCAUAGGUCUGCCCGAGUUCACGCCGGACCAGCUGCGGACCGCCCUGGAAGAAGGCAGGGGCAAAAUGAAAAAGACUAUGGGCAUGAUGAUGACGGCGGCCGCGAUGAAGGCGAUGAUGAUAAUACCGCUGGCGCUCGGCGUGCUGUUCCUGAUGGCCGGCAAGGCGAUGAUCAUCAGCAAAAUAGCGUUGGUCCUGUCGCUGAUCAUCACGCUCAAGAAGCUCGUGUCCAAGUCCGGCGAGCACGUGAUCCACGAGACGCAUUCGUCGUCAGCCGCGUGGCCAUCCGGAGGCAGUUCGAUCGCCGGCGGCGGAAUCAGCGGCGGCUGGGACAAAAGGUCCUCGGCGGUCGCCGGCCACGCGUUGGCGUACAACUCAUACAAGCCGUAACGACGUCGUGACCGCUGCGAACGUGGUCCGACUUGCGGUUCUACGAUUUUCGUUGUUUAUUGUAAUUUAUUGUUUUAAUUUGUUUCGCGCCCCCAACCCCAUUCCACCACCACGCUACGCGCUACUGCCGUCCGUCAACGGUUUCCGCUGGAAAAACGCUGGGGAGACGUACAAGGUGACGAUAACCGCGUUUCCGUGAGACGUCGCAACCCUUCCAGCAGCAGCAGUUCAAAGGAGCCGUUACGACGAACACGCGUCCCUUCGAGUCGUCGACGAUAUGUUGCCAUGCAUUGUAAGCACACACGUGCCUACCGUAUAGUCUUAUGCAAACAAUUACGUACCCUAGACGACGGUGUGAACUUUCAUACAGUUAAUUUUAGAUAUUUUUGUAUUAUUAUUAUUUAUUGCUGUGUCGUUGUAAGGCCGGUACACUUUUCGUUGGGUGAUACGUCCCUAACCUUAUUCUACUUAUCAUAAUGAUAAUCGUAUUUAUUGCAAACGCGUUUGCAAACCAUUGUUUCCGAUAUAAUUUAUUAAUAUUAAUAUUAAUAGCUUGUUAUUGCACAUUCCUCGUAAUACAAUACGGGGUAUUUACGGCUUACCGCCGAUUAUGGAAAAACUGUUUUAGACAAAAUCGCUUUUCAAUAUUGUUAUUAUUUCGCUCGCGGUCUCCGAAUUUUCAGGUUAGGUUAGGUUAGUCUUAUAAUCUUUUCCUAGACCCAUGAUUUCUACCGAAUCUCGUUUAGUCCAAAAAUUAUAUUAUAUUCUGUAAUGGAAAUAGUUGUUUUUUAUGUUUUGGAAAUGCAAAAGUUUGGUUUGAUUUUUUACUCGUAGAUGUACUCCAGUCAAAUGUAUACACGGUUGAUAUAAUAUAUUUUUACGAUUAACUCUCUGCUUAUAUUAUUUCGUUAGAAAUAUUUUUAAAACUUAAUGUAUAUGAAAAAGAAAUUACAAUUCAAACAUAAGUUGAUUUUGUAAAUUUACGUGAUUUGUUUAAUUUAUUUCUCCCUAGUUUAGUUAAAAAUAAAUGAGCUAUUCUUUUUCUUCCGCUGGUCUCCAUGACUCUUCAAAAGUUUUCACCACCAUCAUCGAAAUUCUCCACUUGUCUCUAUCUUGAAUUAAUACCAUUCAAUUCUGUACUCCAAGGUUUCCGAAAUAAUUUUCUACAAUAUCCAUUAAUUUCUUUCGUGGGUGACCUCUUGGCUUUUAUACUUUUGAUUUCCAAUUAAGUAUUAUUUUGGUUACUGUAUCUAUAUUACGCCUCAUUACAUGUCGUAGCCAAUGUAUUCUUUCAAUCUUUUAAAGUAAAUUUGGAUUAUGUAAACCUUA